AUGUUCAAGCAAGCACUCCGAAAGCCCAUGACGGGCGCCGUCGUCCAGAAGCAGCAGCGCGUCAGGUCCCUGCACCGCGACGCACCCUACCUCUUCUCGAUGCCGGCCGAGGUGGACGCGGCCCGCAAAGCAAGCGUCGCCACACCCACAGCAAGCACAAUCCCAAACACGUCCUUCUCGUCGGGUUCAUCGGCGUCGUCGGCCACGGCCCAGCAGUCUGCACAGAGACGGGGCUUCAGCCUGUAUCAGGAUGCACCGUACUUGUUUUCGCUGCCCGACGAGGUCAAGGCAAUCAAGACUGAUGGCAGUCCCGCUGCUACGAACUGA